CUUUAAAAUAAGAUCAUUAACUAAUUAUAAAAUGUAAUAUGCAAAUAUUCAUGCCUAUGCACUUAAUUAUUUUCUAUAAACAUGGUUACGUGUAACCUUAUACCAUGUCUUCAUAGUAGUUGUUGACAUUACUUUAAUUAGUUUAAACAAACAAGUUAUGCAAUAAAACAGGGUGUUUAUUGAAUUUACAAUUAAUAAAAGUUUGUGUUCUGUGUCAAAAUUGUCGAUCUUCUGUAUUCAAGGAAAGGGAAGUUGUUGUAAGUCCGCCCUAAGGCGCCUCUCUGUAGUGUCCAGUGUAUCACGUGACUGGUCAGUUGUGGACUGGUCCAACUGAAGCAAACAUGGGGAGUUCACAUUGACCGGACAGUACUUUAUCAAUUAAACAAGUCACUGCUAAAGUACAACUGGCAACGUAUUAAGUAAACGUUUUAAAAGUACAUUAAUUAAAGUUCGUAAAUAAAAUCCGUCGAGUAAAACUACGAAUCCAUUGCUAUCGUCAUAGUACAUUCCCCACAUCAACAUGGUGUUGCCCUAUUGCGCAUUCAGUACACAGGUUGUGUCAAUUGGCCGAAAUGACGUAAUGGCUAUCUUGUUAAUCAGUGUGUAACAUGCUUUAAUUGUUCUUCAAUUUUCCAAAAUGAGUGAUGGAACUUUCUGUGAUUUUCCCGGUCAGCUUGAUAGUGCCAUGCUGCAACAGAUGGCCGGAUAUAGCGGCAGAGGUCUAGCGGACAACCUAGGGGAUGGCCACCACAGUGCCAGCAGCAAAGCCCUUGCAGGCUUUUACAUGGAGCAGUUUGCCCAGAGUCUACCCUCGCAUAUCAUGGACUCCCUGGCCAUGUCGGCCAUGUCAGUGAGUAACCAUGGCAACCAAGAGAUGCUGCUGGCGGGAAUGAUGUCCCAGGCUUCGGCAGCGGCUUCGUAUGAAAAUGCAGUAAACUUCGCGAUGAAAUCCGAAAAAGGUUUACCACCCACACCCCCUGAAGAGCAGAAAGAAGCUCACAACACCCACCAUGGUUACCAUAGCAACUCCCACCCGGCGUCCAUGGUUGGCAUGCCGUCUUCCUUCAACCACAACCUCCUCGCAAAGCCAGUGCCAAUGAGACGCAUUUCAGACAAACGUGUCAGCCAUGGUAGGAGCAGCCUCUCUGAGACACCUGCACAGCCACCGACUAUAGAAAUACCUGCCUUGCCAGAAAGCAGCAACCCAACAUUUGCCCGUGCCUUGGCUGCCAUGUCCCACUCUCAGAAGAGACCUCGUAGUGAAAAGAAGGCGAUCCCAGACGAACAGAAGGACGACAAAUAUUUUGAGAGACGAAAACGCAACAACAAUGCAGCAAAAAAAUCCAGGGAUUCCCGCAAAGCACGCGAAGAUGAGAUAGCAAUUCGAGCAAGUUUUCUCGAAAAAGAAAAUGCAAUUUUGCGCGCUCAAGUCGGCACUUUACGUGAAGAGGCGAAUUCUCUGAGACAGCUUUUGUUGCAAAAACGUUCGACCGCAAGACAUUGAGUUUUGAUUUGUUGUAGUAUAUAUUGAUUGUAAACAUUAUUUGCUUUUGUUAAAACCAUACCUUGUUAUAAGAUUUUUUAAAGAAAAGAUUUCUGGUAGCAUUUUUGCUGCUGUGAUAACUGCUCUUCGCAGUUCUUUGUUGAGUUUGUGCUAUGUUUGUUGACCGAUUGUUUUAAUCCCAGUUUUUAAUGUCUUCUCAAGUUACACUCAGGGUCUUGUAUGUACAAUUUUCUUAAAUGUUGCCUAUAUUUUAUAUUUUAUGGGUUUAUACAGUUUUUAAAGCCAUUAUUAUGCCUUAUAGCCGUAUUGAUAAGGCAUCAUGUUACUAUGCUAGAACUAUUGCUGUUAGUUAUGGGUUUUACUUUUAAAACAAGUAUUUUAACAGAUACUGUGUAUAAUACAUUUAUCUACUGUAUGCCUGUAUUUUCAAAGCAAAUUAAAUAACAACAGUCAAAUAUUUAAAUGUAUUCUGGGAUAUAUAAUAUAUUGUCUGAGUUACUUAUAAACAAGAGGUUGUUGUUAUUGUUUGCACUUGUGCUUUUUAACUGCUAGUGCUGUUGAGAUGUUUAUGUUACUGGUUAUAUUCUUUUACAGGUGAUAAUGUUUAAAAAAAUAGUUUUACUAUAAUGUCAGGGCUUUUAAUUGAAGCAGAUUCCUGCUUUUUGAUGCAAGCAUUUUUAUGCUCUCCCCAAAAAAAAAUUGGGGGGGGGGAGCAUAUAGUCGCCGAUUUGUCUGUCCAUCCGUGUGUCUGUGUGUCUGUCAGUGCACCAUUUUUGUCCGGGCUAUUUCUCAGCAACUGAUGACCGGAAUUGAAUGAAACUUUAUGGAUAGCUUCAUUACCUAGAGGAGAUUUGCAUAUUAUCAGCGGGUUCUGUUUGGAUGAUUUUUCACAGAGUAAUGGUCCUUUGAAAUUUUCCAUUAACUGAACAUAUAGUGCAUUUCUUGUCCGGGCAAUUUCUCAGCAACUGUAGUACCUGUGCUAGAAAUAAAGGGCUAAAGUGACUGUAGUUGUUUGCCCUUCUGUUACAUUCAAAAUAUGUCCAACAUUUUGGAAUCUUCUUUUUGGAAUUUUUAGACAUUUAUUUUGGAAAAAUUAAUAGUUUUAAGAUAGUGAAAUGGGGCCGCUUGUUUGUGUUGCUAUUCAUGCUUGAUAACACUGAAUGGGAGACCUUGGUCAGUUACCUCCCCAGCAUUCUUACUUGAAACAUGUUUGUUUAUUAGGUUUUAAUCAUUGAUCCGUAUGUGCUACAAAAUAGGAAGAAACUUUAUGGGAAGCUCUACUACCAAGAGGAGAUGUGCAUAUUAUCAGCAGGUUCUGGUCGGAUGAUUUUUCACAGAGUUAUGGCCCUUUGAAAUUUUCUAUUAAAAAUUCUUGUCUCCCCAACUACUGUGCCCUCAAGACGUUUCCUUUUAUCUGAAUUUAUAGUGCAAUAUUGUGACAAAAAAAACCUUUGGGGAGCAUCACCCGUCUCCGACGGUUUCUUGUUAAAUUUUGUCACUUUUGACUCCCCCAAAUUAUCUUCUAUGCAUCAUUUUAAUGCAAAUGUUGCCAUGAAAUUAAUAUAAAACGUACGUUUUAUUAUACAAAAAGUUGGUUUUUUGUUAAGCAAGAUAUACUAAAAGUUAUACAAAGCAAUAUUUGUAGAGCAAUCAACUAAUAUCUAGAUUUCAGUAUUUUGACCCCUGAAAAGUUCAUGUGACCCGUGAAAAUAUCAAGCACAAUUGGCUAUUGGUUUUCAAAAACUAUUAUCCCUGAAUGUGGAUAGACAGGGCCAUAAAAUUUGAAAUUCUGAUACUUUAAAAUAAUUUGUUUUCACUUUUUGAUUUUCAUAUGUUUUUUAAUGCCAGCAAAUUGUUGGAAGUUAACAGUUCGAUCUCAGAUUUUUUUUAUAGAUGUAUGUGUUCUCAGUUCAUUGAUCAUUUUUUGUUUUCAUUUGGAAAAAAGAAACACACCUUAAGACUACAGCCCCUGAAAUAAAUUAUUGGUACAGGUCCGUAAAGCACAGUGCUUGGUCAUAACACCGGGAAUUAUGUAAUCCUAAAAUGAGGUACAUGCGAAUACAACAUCAUGUAUCGCACAUUAUUUAAGCAACAUUUUAUAAAUCCCUUUCUUCCUCUUUUUUCCACAUAAUCAAGAAAAAAACCUGAACCACAUUGUUCAUGUCAUUUAUUUGUUGUUGAUAUUACAAGCAACAAAUGUUACUUUAUUUUAUUUGAGUUGCAUUUCCCCGUAGUUCAAUCAGCAGUUGGUAGUUUUAGAUAUUUUCGUUGCUUUUCAAUAUGAGUGUCCUUGAAUAUAAAUAUAAAUCAUCUUUUUGUUACGGGUAUUAUUGUAUUAAUGUAUUCAAAUUAUAGUCAUUUAGUACAAUCGGCUCAAAAAAACUUCAGGGAUAUUUGAUGUAUUUCAUGUUAUCAUAUUACUCAUUUUUACAACAAACCACCCAGUGAUGUUUUGCAAUAUGUUUAUGAGCUUGGCUAUGGGAAUACAUGGCUUAAUGCAUAUGCAUAAAAUGUCAUCCCAGGUUAGCCCGUGCGCCUGGCAAUCAGGGAUGACACUCUCCACCAAAACUGAUUUUUUGCUAUGAAGAGUCAGGCCCUAGGCAAAAAAUGCAGUUAGAGCACACUGCUUUGUUUAAUUUGCGACAAAAUUUUAGCACAUGCAUUAAGCCCUGAUAUCCCAGAGUAAGGCACACAUUUGUUCUAGAUGACCGGUAGUGUAUUUCAUUUUGUUCUAGAUAACCGGUAGUGUAUUUCAAUGUUCUAGAUGACCGGUAGUGUAUUUCAUUUUGUUCAAGAAAGGUAGUGUAUUUCAUUUUGUUCUAGAUGACCUGUAGUGUAUUUCAUUUGUUGAGUUUCUUAAUGACUAGCAUUUUUUGUCGACGGGAUGUUAUUUGUUGUAGGCUGCUGUUGUGAAGUCAUGUUAUUUGUAUUUUGUCAGAUGAAGUAUUAUAUUGAUUACUUAUUUGUAGAUUUUAAUCAUUCUGCAUGUUUCUUUUUGCAAAUUUUGAUUCUCAUUCUGGACUAAAGCUUUAAAUAUUUGCAACUGUUUAUAUCAUUUCAGGUAAUAACAUUUUGGCCUUAGAUUUUGUGCAUACAUGUAGCAAUAGCUUUAUUUGGGUAUAUAACCAUUGUCUGUAACUCUGUUUUUAUUAUCAUACCAGAUAACCAUAUUAUUAUAUAUGUACAUCUGUAUUUUGAUAAUAUUUAAAUACUCCAAUUUCAUAUGCAUGUGUGAUAUAAAGCAUUAUGUUAGUAUUUGUAAACAUGUUAUAUGCACUCAUUGUAAACUAGCACAAUUUCUACAAAUUAAGUUUAUUUAUUGUGAUAACCACCAUUUUGUAACUGUCCUGUGACCUGUUCAUUUGCGUAAGCAAAGGAGACCGCACUACCACACCUGGAUAGGACAGUUGAGUUCGAUAAUGGCUUGGAUCGGUUGUGAACACUCUAGAAGUCACAUGUUUUGCCUUAUCAUCAUGAAAUUUUGUCAAAACAUUAGUUAUGUGGAUGUCUUGUACGAGUUUGAAAAUGGUCCUGAUCAGUGAAAAAACAUGGCAGCCAGGGAGUGGGGCAGUUUUCUUUAUAUGUAUAUACAUGUAGUGACAACAUGUGAACAGUUUAGAAGACACAUUUUUUUCCCAAUCUUCAUGAAAUUUGGACAUACCUUGGAAGAGUUAAAAAAUGGUUCAGGUCUGUUAAAAAAACAUGGCCGCAAAAGGGCCAUUUGUUGUUCAUUCUUCAUGAUACUUGGUUAGAACAUUUGUUCCAUUGAUAUCUUGGACUGCAAAGAACAGGUCAUUUCUUUUUAUCUAAGGUGAGCGACUUUGGGCCUUUCAGGCCCUCUUGUUUAACCAAACUCUGGAAGCAGAUUUUUUUUAAAUCGUGACUAUUCUGAUAUUACUUGUUGAUGUAUAAAACAAAGUUUCAGUGAAAAAGUUAUUGACAUUGUAUCCAUUGUGUUGUUGAGUAUGUAUAUACUAGAUGACCAGUGUCAUGCAAAAAAUAGUCUUAUGCUGUAAGCUGCAAGCUUAACUCAAGACUAGCCCACGCAAUCUGGUAAUGAGUUACGCUGUCCGCUGAAUUGUCACGUAUUGACAGGGUAGCUCCUUACGAGACUGUGUGAUUGCACAGGCUAACCUGGAGUGCACUGGACACAUAUGGCAUAAGACCCAUAUUUGCAAGUCUUCGGUCAUAUCGGGCUGUGUUGAUUGAAAUCCCACUUAAAAUGUGUGCUGUGUAUGAUGUUUGUUUUACAUAAUGCAUGUUUUAUGUCAAAUGUGUAACUCUUUUAUCGAAAUGAUAAUUGUAUAUGUAUUUUGAAUUAGGUUGCUUGUGAUAUGAAAUUUCUUUUGUAAGGAACCAAAAGAAGCACAAUUGAAGUUUAAUUGUUAUGAAAAAUUUCUUUAAUGCGUUCUACAUUUUUGCUCAAAAAUAAUAAAACCAGUAACAUUUUGUGAACAGUAUCUUAGUUAUGCAGUUGUUAUUGACCUUUGAUAUGUCAUUAUUGUAUUGCUUGUUAAACUUAAGUGAAGUGGUUUUCAAAAUUUGAUAGAAAAGGGUAUAUAGUAGUGUAUUGGACGCCUAUCUGUAGACCAAAAAUUGGUUGGACACGUUUUCUUUAAUUUUUCAACCUACAACGUUUAGGCAUUGCUCUUGAUAUGAAUUAUGUUAGAAAUACUGAAGUUAUGCCCCUUUUUAACUUAAACAAUCAAAAACAACAUGUUCUUUGUUUAGUUGAAUAUUUAAAUUAAAUUAUCUCCAAAACUAGAGAUAUCAAAUUGAAGCUUGUAAGUUGUAUACCGGUAUUUCACUAAGGGAUGUGAAGUUUACAAGAGCCAUAACUAUUGCUUCCAUAUUCUGAGGGUUAUUGCCUUAAUUAGUUUUAUUAUUUGAACUUUGUUUGAAGCAUAUCUUUAAAGCUAUAAGAGCUAGGUUAAUUAAACUUUGAAAUUACUAUUUAGGUUAGUCUCAAUGAGGUGAAGUGCAGUGCGUAAAAAACAUAUUUCCUGCUUUCAUAAUUGUAUUGCAAUAGACAAUAUGCUUGCUCAAAUUUUCUCAGGGACAUAUUUUGACAAGUAUAUAAGGUGUCAAGAUGAGACUUAGUAGGCAUAUAGCUUGCAUUAUUGCGUAACUAGUUAUUUUUCCUAAACUUUUAAUGCCCUCAGACAAAGUCGCAACGUGGGGAGGGAUUUCAGGCGCAGCAGUUACAGAGCUAUUUAAUAAAGGAACAGUUGAAUACUUUUUGCAUUCUCAAACAACAAACAAUAAAAUCCUCUAUUUUCUUAGUAUUAAUAUUGGUUUAUAGCUUCCAAUGCCAUGAAAGAGUUUUAAAUUGAAUAAGGGAAGAAAAUUGUGUAUACCUAAUGUUGAAGAUUUUAUAAUUCACUUUCAUGCAUAUUUUUAUUUUUAAAAACAUUUGAUUAUUGUUCACAUUUAUGUUUUCCUGUGGUAACUUUAACCAUUUUUUUAACGCAAAUACCCAUUUUUCGUCAGGUGUUUCGUUGAUUAUUGUGCCAGUAUUAUAUCAUAACCGGUGAGGUUUACACACACUUUAAAGCUUGUGUCUAUUUGAUUGCUGUGUAAAUGUAUUUUUGAAAGUGUGCUUGUGACAGGUAAAAUUUAAAUUGUUGAGAAUAUGAAAGUUCAGGGUGAAAUUGUUGAGAAAAUGAAAGUUGAGGGUGAAAUUAUUAAAAAUAUGACAGUUGAGGGUGAAAUUGUUAUAUUGCAUCCGAGUUGAUGUUCACAUAUGAUGGAGCUUAUUAACUAUGAAAAGUAUUUACAAUUCUUGUCAAUUCCGAGUGUUGUUACCAUAAUAUUUAUGCUGAAUUGAAAACUAACUUUUUUUCAAGUUACUGACAAAUUGCUCAGUUAGGUCAGAAAUGUUCACUAUUAACGUACCUUUAUUGUUAAAUCAUCUAAUUUGCGAAUCUGACUGGAUAAUACUAGUUGAUUAGUUGGGCAGAUUUGCACCACUCAUAGAAAUUUCAGUUAAUUGUAUCCAAACAUAAUAAUAAUAUGCUGGAAAUUUAAGGCAAAUCCUUUUUUGUUUGGUUCUUUAUUAAUAUAAAUGUGUGUACUGUUAAGUAUAUUUAUUGCAUAGGUUUUCUGUUCCAGCGUUCUGUAAUGAUGUUAGGGAAAGUGACACUAAGUACACUAGCAGGUAUUUCGAAGCACAAUUGUUUCUAAAACCGAAGUAUUAAGCCACCAUUUAAGAUUGAUUAAAUAGAUAUUCCGAAACAGAGAUUUUUUGGUGUAUGACA